UUUCGACCGACUCCCUAUUAUUUUCACUUAAGUUCGUUCCUUGCAACAACGGCCACGACCAGCUUCUUUUAUUUUGUUUUCCUCUAGGAAAUUUGUUCACUCCUUCAGGAAUGAGGAUCAUGUCCUUUCAACAUGUGGGAUCAGCCAUCCCACAAAUUGUAAAGACAGAACAAUCCAUGGCGAUUGGUGCCUAACCGUGGCCCAUACUCUACACCUCUCUUGACAAAAUGACAUUGACCUGCUACUAGUGCUAACAACAUAAAUACUCAAAACCAAAAAGAAACACACAUACAGAUUACAUACGCCAGAUGACUACAGCUAUGUCAAAGUUCAACCUGAUCUCGCCUAACUAACUCAUCAGCGCAUGCUUUUGCUCAACCUGCACAGAUCAACCUUCCACUGGUUUCGUUCCCAGGUAAGCCUAACAAACCACCCUUCCCCAUUCCAAUAUUCUUCUCUACAUACCCCGAUCUACAAUCCUACCUUCUCUCCUGUCUCUAUGAUGAACAAAGAAACCAUAUGGCAUUAGGAAGAGCCGGAAAAGGAUGCUCCAGGGUUUUCAAAAAGAAGCAGCCCCUGCCAUUUCUUCGAAGGAACAGAAAAAACAAUUCAGGUUGGCGUUACAAAAGCGCCGGGGGCCGGGGUAUCGUCAAAUAUCCCGCUUUUUGCCCUUUUCUCUCGCCGCUUGAUGUCGUCUUUCUGUUCUCUCAAGAUGUGGUUUGGGGCACCUGGAGACGUCGAUGCUUAGAACUGGUUCUUCUGAAAGAGACGAUAAAAGAAAUAUCGCAUAUGAGGUCACAUGAAGGCGGAGAAAGCCAGCCCUUCGCUUGUCGCAGAAAUGCGUGGGAUCCCCUUCUGCUCACGUACCUCCUACCUUGCCCUCGUCAGAUUCCCGUUUUGAUUCUCCAGUUCCACGAGUGGAAAAUGCUGACGAUGCCCACCCGUUGAAGAAAACUUUAGGACCAUAUUACAUGUGCAUGUAUGCACUUACAAGUUCAGAGGCAGGGAGGUCCACAAACCCCGGACAGAUACUGGCAUGCUAGCAGGCCUGUUUAUAACCCGUGUUUUCAACUUCUAGGUACUACUUACUGUACAGUAGGUUAGGUACAACCCUACAUAAUCUAUAUUGUGUCUCUGUUGCUUGUGGUAUUACCGCAUCUUCUCCUCG